CGCGGGCGGCGGUGGGCAGGGGGGGCGGGGAAGAUGGCGGGCGCCGUCGGCGGCGGCGGCGGGGGGGGCUCCUCCUCCUCCUCCUCGGUGUCGGUGCUGGCCCCGAACGGGCGUCGCGUGACGGUGCGCGUCGGCCCCAGCACCGCCUUGCUCCAGGUCCUGGAAGAAGUUUGCAGGAAGCAGGAUUUCAGUCCCAGUGAAUAUGACUUGAAAUUUCAGAGGACUGUGCUGGAUCUUUCUCUUCAGUGGAGAUUUGCCAACCUGCCCAACAAUGCCAAACUGGAGAUGGUGCCGAUCUCUCGUAAUAGAGCAGGAACUGAAACCACAAAAAAAGUACACCGUUUAGAAGGCCAACAAUUAAUUCAGCAAGACACACCACUGCUUGAGCUCCCAUGGUGCGAAUUGCACUGCAAUUGGAUGAUGGUUCUAGGCUCCAAGAUACAUUUUCCUCCAGCCAGACUUUGUGGUAUAUUCUCCAUCAUUUUCCACAGACCAGGGAAUACGUGGAGCACCACUGUGAAGUCUUCCCUGUCUGUAUUUACAUGCGAGAUGAGGUCACUGGAAAAAACUGCUUUGGAGAAAACAAGUCUGAAGUCACUUGGCCUGACAGGAGGCAGUGCUAUUAUCAGGGUAGUCACAAAGAAGACAGCCACAUCCUCUGGCUAUGCAGAAACAGGGAACACAGAACAUCUUUCUAAAGAAUUAGCAGGAAGUACAUCCUCUAGGAAAGAGCCAGUAGGUGCACCUGUGCCACACACACUUGUCUUCUCAACAAGCUCAAGCUUCAGUGAUGAUCCUGCACUCACCAAGAAAUGUACUGAUAAGCAGGACUGGAAUAAAGAACCCCAGGACAACUCAGUGGCAUGUCAACCUCCCUCAGAACACGUGCCUUCCUCAUUUGUUCCAUUUGUAGGUGGUGGACAGCGUCUGGGUGGUGGCAGCUCUCCUGUAGCAAUGAUAUCUCCAGCAUCAGAUGUGCCAUUGUCAAAUCUACCAACAUCCCUGUCCAGUCCUGGAGGGCCUUCCAAGCCAAAGAAGUCAAAGAACAGCCAAGAAAAACUAAAGGAAAAAGAGUGUUUGGACAGAGAGCCAAUUGUGUGCCAUCCAGAUCUGCAGCAGCCAGUGGAUUCUGUUGCACAAGAUCUUCCUGAUGAGUUUUUUGAGGUUACAGUAGAUGAUGUCAGGAAACGUUUGGCCCAACUCCAGAAUGAAAGGAAGCGUCUAGAAGAAGCACCCUUGAUGACACAGGCACAGCGAGAAGCUCAAAUGAAGGAGAAGUUAGAGCGUUAUCCAAAGGUGGUAUUGCGAGUUUACUUCCCAGAUCGUUAUAUUCUACAAGGCUUCUUCCACCCUAGUGAAACAGUUGGUGCUCUGAGGGUCUUUGUGAAAAGCCACCUUGCAGAUCCAGAAAUACCAUUUUAUCUGUUCAUUACACCUCCCAGAUCCAUUCUGACUGACGACAGAUUGACCCUCUUCCAGGAGGAUGAAAUGAGAACUAAACUGCAGAAGAUCUGUGCAGGAUUCCAUUAGCUGAUGGACAGGAAUGAGGGUGAGGUACCGGCCAAAGUGGAGAAGGCUGCUUUAAAUGUCAUCUGCUACUAUGUGGUGGAAUGUCAUCUAGAUGAACUGCUGCUUCAAUCAUCAUCAUCAUCAUCAUCAUCAUCAUCAUCAUCAUCAUCUCCCCUCUGCCUGCAUAUCUUACUUGGACAGAUCUGUAAUAUGGUGAUGGAACACCCUUGCCUAACAUCCCCUACAAAUGACAUUAUUCCAUGUCCUUCUUCCCUUAAUGGGUCUACACAUCUCUUUCUACUAAAGUUAUUCUAAGCCUUCAUAAAAUGACUUACUCAUAUUCGUAUACAUUUCAUAUUCUUCAUAUACAUAAACAUUUAUUUACAGUCUUCUGUACUACUAAAAGGUUCUGGCGAUGCAGAUUCCUUUACACUUUAAUUCUUGUCAGAAGCACAAUAUGUCAUCUGCCUCCAGCAAUUGUCUCUAUUUCCACUAGGAUCUCUGUCUGUUUUCUGGAUCCAGCAAAAGCAAGACCACUUGUUCAUUACAGAAAGCUGAAUAUAAGAUCUUUAUUUCAGUUAAGAGAUUUAAUGCUGAAAGAUUUUUUAAAAAUUAACUUGAGGGAUCAAUUCUAUGCAUGCUUACCUGACCAUAGCCCCUCAAAGUAAAAGACUCAAAAGUAAAAAUGCAGAGGAUGUGCUGGUAUGUUGCUAUAGGAUUGCAGUGACUUCAGAAUGUUAACAGUAUUUUUCACACACACACCCAAAAAAGUAAAAGGAAGCUAGCAGUAUUGUGUAUGUGUGCACGCACACAGAGCAUGUGACUGAAAAUGUGUGUUGCUGGUGCUGAAUUGUUUACAGAAGUUGAAAACAUACUUACAGAUGGAUUUUAAGAAGAAAAAUAUGGAGUUAAUUUUUGAAAAAUCUAGCAAUGUAGCCCUACUGAAUUAAGAAAUUUGUAAAUGUGGUUCUCAGAGUGAUUUGCAAUUGUUGUUGUUGUUGUUAUUCUUUAUUUAUAUAGUGCUGUAGAUUUGCACAGCGCUGUACAUAAAAACAAUAAAUAUAAAAGAGUAAA